CUUCUUGCAAAGAACUAAAGAAGCUCCUCAAACAGAGCACGAAAAUGGCAGCAGCAUCCACCCAACCGCAGCAGAACGAGUGCUCGGCUGCCUACGACCGUCUCGCGGAGCUCAAGGCUUUCGACGAGACCAAAGCCGGAGUCAAAGGUCUGGUCGACGCCGGAGUGACUCAGAUCCCUCGCAUCUUCCAGGCUCCGCCGCACCUUCUCGACAGCGUGGACAGAGCAUCCCCUGUUUCACCCGACGAUCCGAACUUCUCCUUCCCCAUCAUCGAUCUGGAAGGUGCGGACCGCGACCCCGCGAAGCGUAAGCAGAUCGUCGAGAAAAUCAGGGAUGCAUCGGCGAAUUGGGGAUUCUUCCAGGUGGUGAAUCAUGGGAUUCCAGAGACCGUGCUGGAAGAGAUGAAAGCAGGGGUUCACAGGUUCUACGAGCAGGAUGUGGAGCUGAAGAAGCAGUUUUACACCCGGGACAACAAGAGGAAGAUUGUACACAACAGCAACUUCGACUUGUUCUCGGGAGCGUUUACCAAUUGGAGGGACACCACUCUGUAUCGUAUGGCUCCUGACCCUCCCGCCCCUCAAGAACUGCCCGCUUGUUGCAGAGAAAUCCUGAAGGAAUACUCCGAGGGAGUGUUGAAAUUGGGGGAAUUGCUUUUCCAGUUACUGUCUGAAGCAUUGGGAUUGAGAUCCAGUCAUCUGAAAGAGCUGAACUGCACAAAGGGACUUCAGGUACUCUGCCAUUAUUAUCCGGCGUGCCCUCAACCGGAACUGACAUUGGGAGCGUGCAAGCACGAGGACAACGACUUCAUCACCGUGCUUCUUCAAGACCAUAUCGGAGGACUUCAGGUUCUUCACCGGAAUCAAUGGGUCGACGUGCCUCCUCUGCCCGCAGCUCUGGUGGUCAAUCUCGGAGAUCUACUCCAGGCAAGUUUCUCCAACUCAAAUUAUGCGAUAUUCUUAGUUAGUUGUGAUUUUGUUUGUUCUGAACUGGAAUGAUUAAUUAACUUUAUUGUGGGAAUGCCAAGUGCAGCUAAUAUCCAAUGACAGAUUUGUAAGUGCGGAGCACAGGGUGUUGGCGACGAAAGUCGGAGCAAGAGUUUCUGUGGCCAGUUUCUUCUCGACUGGCUUUACACCCAAUCCAAUAGAAUAUGGACCCAUUGAAGAAUUGGUUUCAGAAGACAAUCCUCCAAUAUAUAGGAAGACCACGGCAGCGGAAUUUAAUACCCAUUUCCAUGGUAAAGGCCUUGAUGGGGCUUCUGCGUUGCUGCAUUUUAAGCUCCAAAGCUAAGGGCCGUCCUUAUAUUGGAUUUUCUACUAGGAUAUUGUAAGAUAUGAUAAGAAAGACCCUAUUUAUUGUGGUAUUCAAACAAUGUACCUAUAUUCUGUGGUAAUGUAGCACUUGGGAGCUGGAUUUAAAUGUUUGUGCUUAAAUAAACACAUAUUUGCGUUGUAUUGAAAGGGUGCUUACGAAGUUGAUGAAACCAACAGUUGAACGUAUCGGAAAUCAAGUUACUCAUUUAUUUUGAUCAGCCUUGUUUACAUCUAAAAUUAAUAUUGUAUACAUGAUUUUGGGAGUUUAGG